UUGUAGGUAGUAAAAAAAAUCAUACUUUAAAGUACCAGGCAACCGACUGUAUGACAGAUCAACACGUCACCAACGAUGAUCCGGCCGAUACAACGCCCGUGGACCACCUUGGCGCGAUCACCGAACAUAGCUCGACACGUCUACAGACUCGUAGACCCGUACCACAAAGAGCUGUUUUCGCCAGCCGGCCGCAAUGACGUCACUCCCCAAAGCAGCAUCGCCGCGUCCUGGAGACCAGCGGCGCCUGCGCCGGUUCAAGAACCUUGGAGAGAGCAAGCAAAGUACGCCCCGGAGCCCGUAUCCUACCUACCCAAAGCCGAACCAUGGAGAUUGCCAUAUUCUAUUUCAAAAGAGCAACAAGCCGCCAUUCUGCACCACAAACAGGCACUGACGAAAGGUAGUAAUAGUUAUUUGGUAAGCAAGGUUCUAAAGUUAUUAUUUGUG